CGAAAUUAGUCCAUCGAUGUGCGCAAGUUUAAAAGUUGUGCCCUUUGUGAAAUUCGAAUGAAUCCUCCAGCAGCUGGACGUGGAAAAUCUAGGUUUGUGCGCGGCAGAGCACGUGGCGGCGGUGGCUAUCGUCCAUAUUUUUAUUUUCGACGCAAUGGCCAGGUUAUACCUGCAGGCGGCAAUCGGCCAGACUCGGCUGAAAGAGGUGCAGCUACUCAACCCAGAGGCUGGAAUCGAUCCCGCGUCGAUGGCGAUUCACGGCGCAAACGUCGCCCAAAUGUUGCCUUGGAUUGCAGUUAUUUGCGUCCUGAAAACUACGUGGCUCCCGAGGAUGCGCUGCAGGUGCGCAGCCUGCUCGUGGACAAUCCCAGGAGUUGUCCUGGAUGGCGGCUGUACUUUCUACGCGAGCAGUAUGUCGCGGACAGUGAGUUGGACAAGCGCAUUGUGGCCGUGGAGGCGCACUACCAGCGCAAUCCCCAAAAAUAUGAUCUGGUCCUGAUACGCCAACGUGGCUGCUUUCACCUGCCGGCCGCAAGCAUUGUGCACGACGAGCAGCUGAAGGCAGUGUGGCCAACACUAGUCCAGGACUUGCAGCAGCAACCACUGCGCACGUUGUCCACGCUUGCGCUCGCAAUGCACACGGUCGUCGUUAACAAUUGCCUGGAUAUUGCCGAAGAGGCGGCAGAUAGCAUCUUCCCAUUGGUAUCCACCAAAGAUACAUAUGUGCCACGCACUGGACGCACACGUAAGAUCUACGUCCGGCCCGACGACUUUGUGCCUGUCGAGCUGAUCAGCCAGAUAACUCACGCCCGGGUGGACAGUCUGUUUGCGGUGCGCGGCAUUGUGAGCAGUGUGGGUGAGCCCACAUACAGUCUGGCCUGGCACGCCUUUCGCUGCACCCGCUGCCAGACGGAGCAGUCACUGCGACAGCGUGGCAACUUUACGCCCCGUCCCUAUCACUGCCUGAAGACACAGUGCAGCGCCAAGGAUAAUUUUCUAGCGCUGCGCAACUCACCUUAUACGCGGAUGGGCGUGCGUCAGAUUAUUAGGCUGGAGGAGUCCAGUCUAUCGCUGCUUACGGACUAUGAUAACACGUUGCCCGGCCAAUUGGACAUUGAGCUGCGACACGAGCUGGUCGAUGCCGUUCAUGUGGGUCAGGAGAUAAUUGUGACAGGCGUGCUGAAGCUGCGCUCCCUGUGCGAUACCAGCGAAGAGUACACGACUGCCACUGCUGGUGGUGAUUUGCAGUCGUACCUGCGGGCGUGCAGUGUGCAGCAGGCGAGGCACGUGAAGCGUGAGUUUAACGAACGGGAUCUGGAGGCCAUUUCCAUGAUCAACGCGGAUACGAAUAGCUUUAAGCUAUUGGUGCAAUCGCUGGCGCCGGAACUGCACGGCCACGAAAUGUCGAAGGCUGCCUGCCUGCUCUCCCUACUGGGUGGCAACAUAAAUGUGCUGCUUGUCGGUGAUCCGGGCAUUGGCAAGUCGCAGCUGCUGCAAAACUGUGCACAAAUCACCGAACGUGGCGGCCACAUCAGUGGCAAGCGUGCUGCCCAAACUGCCAAUCAAUUGGGCAUCACGUUUAGCGGUCGCAACAAGCGAAUUAUGGACGCUGGUGCUCUGAUCUCGGCCAGCAGUGCGGGUCACUGUCUGGUCGAUGGCGUCGAUAAGUUGGCCUCCAAACAGCAACUGUUGCUGCAGUGCAUGCAGUCGGGACAACUUAAUAUACCGCUGCCGGGCGCCUUUGCAGCCUUCACGGCGCAACCCUCGAUUAUUGCCUGCGCCAAUCCUCAGCGUGGUCAAUACGAUCAGUCACGCUAUUUGCUGCAGAAUAUACGCAUCACAGCUGCCCUGCUCAAGGAGUUCCAUUUGGUUUACGUGCUGCUGGACAGACCCUCGACCACACGCGACAUUUCUCUCACGGAGCAUGUGCGUGCCCUUCAUGCUGGCUCCAAGAAACGCUCACAGAUCGCCGCACGCUAUGCGCUCAAGCCAAAAUUGAGUGAAUCCAUGUGCCAGAGCAGCUUCUAUGAUGCGCCUGUGGAGCUAGCGGAUAACCAGGAUAGCAUCUUGCAGCAGGACUACGAUUUGGAUAAGCGUCUGGAAUACAAUGUAGUAGAGGAUGCGGAAUUGGAUCUGUUGCCGCUCAUUCUGAUCAAGAAAUUCAUUGCCUAUGCGCGUCAGAGUGUGAAACCGGUGCUCAACGAUGCGGCUGCCAGUGCCAUCAAGAGGCACUUCCUCGAGUUGUGUCGUCGGAGCGAAGCGGAGCACGACCAGAGCCAAAUUGGCAUGGGACAGCUGCUUGGGCUGAUCAGUCUCGCGGAGGCACGUGCCCGGUUGGAUCUGUCCGAGGUUGUGACGCCGCUGCACGUGCGCGAUGUGAUUGCUGUGCUGACGGAGAGCAUGGCCCAGACACGCUUGGGUGCGGGUCAAACGGAUGCACCUGUGAGCAGCUCCGGCAAAAGUUCACAGUUGCAGAGUUUCGUGCGCAUGAUGCAGUUGAAGUCGGCGGCGUUGGGGCGGCGCAUCUUUGAGUUCGAGGAGCUGAAGGAGAUGGGCACGCGAGCGGGCAUCAUGACGGGCAUUACGAAGCUGGUGGAGAUUGCAAACAUUGGCGGCUAUUUGCUCAAGAAGGGUGCAAACAUGUAUGAAGUUGUGCCCGACUAAACAAAUUGAACCAAAUCUUGAUGGAAGUACCUUAUUUAAUUUCAAUCAGUUCGCUUAAUAAAUAUUUACUUAACAUACACUUAUGCGAUAAUCAUUCUUAUGUAAUUUAAUUUGUUUGCACAAUCUGGGCGUGCCGUAUUAAUACCCAAUAAAAUAAAACCAAACAACA